ACACCUGAGAGGAUCGAUAUGCUAUAAUGAUCUUUUCUGCUCCACCUAUUCCGCUGAGCAUAAAAAAAAUUUAAAUACCAUAGUCAUGGAUCGUUUUCGUCAUAACGUUAAAUAUUAAUCACCUGAAUAGAAAAAAAAGACAAAUUACCCCACAAUUUAAAUGUGAAAUUUUCAAGGAGCUUAUGUUUAAUUACCAUGUUCUUUUGGUCGUAAAGUUUAAAGAGUCUUCCUUGCUUGUUGCAUGUGUGGCGAGCGAAGAAGUCAGAGUUUACUCGGGAAACCAAGUGAGAACCUGGAAGAAGAAUACCAGCUCAUUUGCCUGGAAGGGUGAGCGCCAUGGUAACAACAUUUGACUAAAACAAGCUAAACAUAACGAAGGACAAUACCCUGGCAUUUGGUGGACACACAAAACAAAUUAAGUUAUCCAUGUAGGAACUGGUAUAAUAUCUCUGUUGACUGUGCGAAGAAAAAGGUUUUUUAUAUUUUUCUUCAGGACAAGGAGUUGUUCUCUAUUGUUUGAGUUUCUGUGAGAAACAUCGACAAAAGUAAAUUCGAACUUCAGAGUGCUUGCUGUCGGCUUCCAACUCGAAAUAGUUAAAAGAAAAAAGGACAGCCAUUUAGAAAGAGAAUUCAGUAUUUAAAUACAGAAAUAGUUAUAGCAUACAAAAUCCCGGGAGGAAGCGCGAAAUAUCAUCUAGAAGAAGUUUCUUUGUCGUGCUGGAAUACAUGAGAAAUCAAAACAGGUAAUUCAGCAAAGAGUUGGAGGUAAACGAUGGCAGCGCUUCCCUCACAUUGCAACGGCCUUAUCACAUACAAAGAAUCAAUCGUCAUCGCUACUUUUUGCAUUGUCGCCUCCCUGCUCGCGACAACGGGCAAUGUACUGGUCAUUGCAGCCAUCUUCCGCUCGAUUCGACUCAAAACAGUCUCUAACUUCUUCCUGGCUUCCCUGGCCGUGGCGGAUUUACUGGUCGGCGCGGUGAUUCUGCCAGUCAUCACGGCGAAGACGUUAAUGAGAGAAUGGCUGAGUACGCAUUCGCUGGUGUUCGCUAUUGAGAUCCUUGCGCUGCAAGCAAAGGUGGCUUCCACGUUCAAUCUCUCUGCGGUCAGCAUUGAUCGGUACAUCGCCGUCACGAGAGUUUUCCAGUACGAAGAUAUAAUGACGAGGAAGAAGUGUUUUACCGUCAUCGCGUGUGUGUGGAUAGGAUCUGUCUUCAUCGCCUUGCUAAGGCUCACCGUAUCCGAUCCAGUGCAUAUCGGCAUCGUCUGGAUGGUCAGCGAGUUCGUCGACUUUAUCAUCCCUCUAUGCAUCAUCCUCUUCUGCUACUUCCAUAUCUUCGCGAUCGCCCACAGACAGAACCGACAGAUCAAUGCCGAGAAUACGAGCACAGACCGAUCCAGGCAGCUUGCUAAGAGUACCAAGGCGGCAUUCACAGUGGGGGUCGUAAUUGGUGUGUUCUUCAUGCUACUCAUUGCCUCAUUCAUCACCGUUAUGGUACAGUUCACGUCCGAUCCUUGUGGUCAAGUUCGGAUGUAUAAGGUAUGGGCGUGGGUAGGCCCCAUACAGCUCCUCAACUCCGCGUGUAACCCACUCAUCUAUAGCAUCAGGAGCCGGGAGUUCAGGUCGGCGUUUAGGAAGCUGUUGCUAAGGCAGACGGGGAACAGCUCGGAGGGGACAAGUUUCAGAGAUGGGUCUACUGCGAGGAUCGUGAAGAUCAAGGUGCAGGCAGCUUCGACGGUUAGUUAGAGCCUCUACCAGCAAAAGGUACCCAACGAAAGAAUGAACCGAUGACGACAAUCGAAAUACAGCUUCCUUCGACGCUUAAGGUAGCUACUUAUUGCCAUUAAUAUCACGAA